AUGGCCUACCAAAGCGCACCCUUGAAGAUUAUCACACAGAAUUGCAGAGGACUCAACAUCCCUGAACGUAGGACACACUUGCUACAGGAAUUGAAGAAAAAACAUGUAGCGAUAGCUAUGCUCCAAGAGACGCAUUUCAAGGAAGGAUCCCCCCCUAGACUACGGAAUAGGCAUUACCCUAAUAAUUACUUCUGCAACCACCCAAUAGCUCAUAAAUCUGGAGUAGCCAUAUUAUUAGCUGCUGAGCUGGAAUUUAAAGAACUAGAAUGUACACAGGACUCACAGGGAAGAUAUCUCUUCCUUAAAGGCACCAUAGCAGAUAAGAUAAACACAAUAGCGACCAUCUAUGUGCCUAAUAAAAGGCAAGCCCCAUUCCUCCGGAAUGCUUUACAACAACUAGAAGACUUCACGGAUGGGAUACUAUUGAUAGUAGGCGACUUUAACACCCCGCUUGACCCAACGCUGGACUCCUCCACGGGUCAUAGUUGUCUUUCGCAACAUAACAUUAGAUCUAUCCGACAGUCGAUGGAAGCCUUGAGACUAGUGGACUGUUGGAGAACGCUUCACCCCACGGUGAAAGACUUCACCUACUAUUCUGCCCUUCACAAUCGAUAUUCCCGUAUAGACUAUAUCCUCAUUGCACAGGAGGGUCUCUCCCACCUACGCGGAGCUAAGAUCGAGACAGGCACUUGGUCGGACCAUGGAUCGGUCGAGAUAGAAUUGGAUUCACCCCUGUACAGACCGACGGCAUGGACUUGGCGACUCAAUGAAGCUCUACUGUUAGACCUGGACACCAAGGAACAAACUCAACAAGCAUUAGAACAAUACUUUAGGGAAAAUGACUCCCCGGAGACCUCCCCAAUAUCCAUAUGGGAAGCCCACAAGAGUGUGAUACACGGUGUACUCAUACGCAUUGCCUCCCGGAAACGGAAGGCAUUCAUGCACGAAAUGGUCGAUUUAUAUCAAUUAAUAUCGACCCUAGAACGCCAACACAAACGCUCCCAGCUAAACGCAGUUUACGGAGAAUUAAUGGAACACAGAAGAAAACUUAAAGACCUUAUCUUGAAAAGGCAUCUCCGAUCCGUACAACGCACGAAAGGCUUUUACUACAUAUACGCCAAUAAAGGAGGUAAAUAG